AUGUCUUCCAUUAGGCAUGGAAUUGAUAUUGAACGUCAGGCCAGUCCUGUUGAAUAUACAUUUCUAAUUGCGACCAAAGGCGUACCAGACUUGCGAGAGCACGCGGGACAGGGUUGUUUUGUUUGCUUAGAAAGUCACAGGCAAGGUCAACAUGCUGUUCUUGUCCCGUGCCUGCGACCAACAGAGCCUCGCCAGCAUCUUGGCCGUUGGAAGAGAUGGUUGCCUUAUUAUGGAAUAACUGAAGUGCAAGAGGUCAACUUUAAAUUUGAAGGUGUUGUUGAGUUGGAUGGCCGCUACUCGAUUCAUAUGGAACACGUUAACCUCGAGGAAAUCUUGGAAGAAUGCAAGAACGCUAUAGCAAGGUAUCCAACCGAACCUUCCUUUGAAUCUGAUCAUCGAUGCGAAGGUAAAGAUCAGCACAGCGUCGAAUGUCUUGUUGGUAUGGAAGACUUGCUCCAACCAUGUAUUAAAGUUCAAGCAGAGGAGGCAGAGCAGCGUCAUAAAAAGCUCCGUUCCUUGUCGCGUCUGAAGGAUUGCGCUCGCAACCCCACGAAAGCCAAUGGACUACACAGUCUGAAGGGAAUGGCGCAAGGCACGUGCAUCUAUGAAAUUAAGCACGUUUUUCCUACACUUAUCCCAUCUUCCCCCCUGACCCUACCGACGGAAGCGACAGAAUCUGACAUAUCCAGGGGCCUAAAAGGAAUCGAUUUGCCUCUUCCAAAUCAAGAGUUUCUAUGUACAACGUGGAGGAGAGGCCUGCACUUUGUUUUGGGGUGGCUGACAGACAGCAUGUGUAUAGAACUUCCCUUCAAAGCCUCGUGUACUGCACUCGCAGUCGCUUUCAUUUGGCUUUGCGUAGUCAUUUGGAAGGGUGCAGGGGGUGAUUGGGGGACUUCAUUCGCAUUCGCCCAGGUUGUCGCAGCGUCUCUUGCAAUUGUAAUUACUUAUCCCCGACUGUAG